AUGGCUGCUGCCAGCUGUCUGCUGUCGGAAGAUCAAUUCCUGUGUUCCAUCUGUCUGGAUGUGUUCACUGAUCCAGUCACCAUACCAUGUGGACACAACUUCUGCAAAUCCUGCAUCACUGAACACUGGAGGGUUAAUGUCCCAUAUCAAUGUCCCCUGUGUAAGGAAGUCUUCAAACAAACGCCUCAGCUGAAGAUCAACACUUUGCUCUCAGAGAUGGUGGCUCAGUUCAAGAUGAAAACUCAAUACGAACCAAAAAAUAAGAACACAGAGCUGAAGACACAGGCUGAAAUCCAGCAGAUGAUCCAGGAGAGACAACUGAGGAUCCAGGAGAUCCAACACUCAGUGGACCUCAGUAAGAAAGCUGCAGACAGAGAGAGAGCAGAAGGUGUUGAGGUCUUCACUGCUCUGAUGGAGUCUGUUCAGAGAAGUCUGAACCAGUUCAUUGAGGAGAUCCAAGAAAAGCAGAGAACCACAGAGAAACAGGCUGAAGACUUCAUCAAAGAGCUGGAACAGGAAAUCUCUGAACUGAAGAAUAGAACCACUAAGGUAGAGCAGCUCUCAGGUUCUGAAGACCACCUCCAUUUUGUCCAAAGAUUCACAUCUGUAAACGCUGCACCAUCCAUGAAGACCUGGACAAAGGUCAGCGUUCAUCCACCAUCAUAUGACGGGACUGUGGUGAGAGCUGUGUCUCAGCUGGAGGACAAACUCAGAGAAGAGAAGAAGAAGGUGUUUAAAGCUGAUCUGAAGAGAGUCCAGCAGUAUGAGGUGGAUGUGACUCUGGAUCCAGAUACUGCUUAUCCUUAUCUCAUCAUGUCCAGUGACAAGAAACAGGCAUAUGAUGGUGAUGUGAGACAGAAUCUUCCAGACAACCCAGAGAGAUUUGCAAUUUGUCGCAACAUCUUAGGAAAGCAGAGUUUCUUGUCAGGAAGAUUUUACUUUGAGGUUCAUGUCAAAGGAAAGUCUAAAUGGGAUUUAGGAGUGGCCAGAGAGUCCAUCAACAGGAAGGGAAUCAUCCCACUGUGUCCUCAGAACGGACACUGGAUCAUUGGUUUAAGAAAUGGAAAUGAAUACUGUGCUUUUGCUGAUCCUCCAGUCCUUCUGCCUCUGAAAUCUGGUCCUCAGAAGGUGGGGGUGUUUGUGGAUUAUGAGGAAGGUCUGGUCUCCUUUUAUGAUGUAGAUUCUUCUGCUCUCAUCUACUCCUUCAGUGGCUGCUGCUUCAAUGACAAACUCCUCCCAUUCUUCAGUCCAUGUGGUAAUGAUGGAGGUAAAAACUCUCAUCCACUGAUUAUCACUCCUGUCAGACUGUGA